AUGGGAUACGGCCAUUCCACGCCCUAUACCGUGGGAGGGAAGAUCUUCACGAUGAUCUACGCCACGAUCGGAAUCCCUCUGGGGCUCGUCAUGUUCCAGAGCAUCGGUGAACGCCUCAACAAAUUCUCUUCCAUCAUCAUCAAACAGGUGAAGAAACUUCUCAAGUGCGAGCGCGUGGAAGCCACGGAGGUGAACCUGAUCUGCGUCGUCACGACGUUAUCGACGGUCAUCAUCACGUCCGGUGCGGCCGUGUUCUCCCAUUACGAGGACUGGACCUAUUUCGAAUCCACGUAUUAUUGCUUCAUCACGCUGACCACGAUCGGGUUCGGGGACUACGUGGCCCUGCAGAACGGAGACUUGAAUUCGAACCCGCGUUACGUCGUCUUCUCCCUCAUCUUCAUCCUGUUCGGCCUCACGGUCGUCGCCGCCAGCGUGAACCUCCUCGUCCUCAGGUUCGUGACGAUGAACACGGAGGACGAGAGGAAGGACGAGCUGGAGGCGAUGCGAACCGCGCAGGGGGCGGUGCGAUUGGAGGGGGAUGUCAUCACGACCAACGGAUCCAUCAUCAGUGGGCAUUUGCCGCGCGAAGCCGCUAGUCUUUCGGAUGUCGCGAGUGUGUGCAGCUGUAAGUACUGCGACUGCUGGUCCCGGCUCCUGCGCCGGACUAAGGCGGGUCGGGCGAGGGCCCGAGCCCGGUCUCGAGCGCGGCUACACACGCACUCCUUGAACGUGGUGAGCGGCAGCCGGAACGGCAGCGGCCGGGACCGGACAACAGUGACCGUCUCCAAGCCGUUUCUCGUCCCCAUGCAGACAUUCCGGAUGGCCGGUUCCUCGGCGCAGGAUCCAGACGUGGACAACGUGUCCAGUUUCGAGGAGGACUACUGCGCGCAGAGGUAUCGAGAUGAGGCUGGGGAUUCCCUCUCGGAGGACAGAGCUUCCGUCUGA